CGAUUUAACUUGUGUAUUCGUGUAGAUUCCUUGCGUUUUGCGUUAUUGUUGCAUUGUUUAUUGAUUGUUUAGAACGCUGAAAAAUCUAAAUCAUACUUGAAUUUAAUGUUAUAUCAGUGAUAUUUAUUUAGCGAGAAAACAUGGCAGAUGAUGAUUUCGACGGAGACGAGGUUGCUGAUGAUUUUGAUGAUGUUGAUGAUGACGAUAAUAUCGAAUUGGAACCUCAAGAAGAAGACGGUGAGAAUAUAGAGUUAAUAGCAGCUGGAGAAGCCACUGGUGGAGUACAAAGAUCAAAAAGAAUUACAACAAGGUAUAUGACAAAGUAUGAAAGAGCAAGAGUGUUAGGAACUAGGGCAUUACAAAUAGCUAUGUGCGCUCCUGUGAUGGUAGAAUUAGAAGGAGAAACAGAUCCAUUGCAAAUUGCAAUGAAAGAACUUAAACAGAGAAAAAUUCCAAUUGUAAUUAGGCGCUAUUUACCUGAUAACAGUUAUGAAGAUUGGGGAAUCGAUGAAUUAAUUAUAAUAGAUCAUUAAAUUUCGAUUUAUCUUGUAUAUUUGAAAUAUAGAUUUAAGAUAAUUUAAAGACUAAAAGUAACAAAAAUUAUUUAAAUGCAUCAAAUUGUAUGUACAGUUUUGAUAAAGCCCUAAUAUACAGUCUGUACAAAUAUGUAACUAAAGAAUUUAUGCAUGGUAAGAAACUCGCAAAAUUCUUUGCUUUAAUUUUUUUACUUUUUGUCUUUCAAGUAAUUCUUUUUGCGAAUUUGAUAUUAAUUGUUUGUAUUGAUCCCACGCUUGUUCUCGUUGAAUUUUAAUUUCAAUAAUUUCAUUUUCAUUGGUAUUAUUGGUACCGUAAUUUACUUUUGUUUUAUGAUGAAAUUUCGUGUGUUCAUUUUCGUAACGACAACUUUCUACCUUCAUCAAGAAUUCAUAUUGUUUCUGUGCUUUCUGUUCCAUAAUUUCAAAGAGAUGUGCACCUAAUGGACCUAUAUAAUGAAAAAACGACGUAAAACAAUGUAUUUAAAUUCAGGUUUUGUAUGCAUUUCGGAAAUUUUUAUGCAAGAAGCCCAACCAUUCAACUCGUAUUCAUCGAAAGAUCUUUGAGUUUUUGAAUUCAAAAUACAGUUGAUAGCAUGUAGAGAAUACAAGGGAAAAUGACCGCAUUUUUGUAAUAAAUUUUUCCCAAAGUCUGUAUACUUUGCAGUAGAUUCUUUUACGUGUGGUUUCAAUUUGUCUUUCUUUCGGAAAAUUGCUUUUACUUCUCUGCAAGUUAGCGCGCCAAUUUUUUUUCCUUCUUCGUUGCGUUUCGUUUCCGAUUUAAUAUUUUCUAUCGAUUCGCUAAAUAUUUCAUGCGUAUUUAAUUAUGUCAGACAUUUAUCGUUGUUUUAUUUUCAAACAAACUAAACUUAUGUCUACAAGAAUUCUCACCGUAAAAGGCCUGGUCUAGUAUACGCAUAAAAAUUUAUAAUAUGUGGAGUUUUACAUAAAUCGGAUAUAAAUAUUCGAAUUUGAAAAUGCAUACUUAUGUAUCGAAGUGGUCUAUAAAUUAUCAUGAUUAUCA